AUGCCUGAAAAGUGUGCAAAGUGCAACAAGGAAAUCACCGGACAAGUUAUUCUGGCCCUUAACAAGAAAUGGCACAACGAGUGCUUUGCAUGCGCGGGAUGCAAAACUCCACUCCAAGGCAAGCAGUUCUUCCAAAAGGAGGGAUCUAACUACUGCGUUGAAUGCCGUCAGGCGAAAUUCGAUCCCACUUGUGCGAAAUGCAACAAGAAGAUCGACCCAACCAUCAAGUAUUCAAUCUACCAGGAUGCGACCUACCACCGAGAUUGCUUCACCUGCGCGCAGUGCAAAGCCUGUCUGGAUGGCAAGAAAUUCGUCAGCAAAGACAGCGGCUUUUUCUGCGCCAACCACUAG